CUUCCGGCAUGUCUUAUUGCAAAGGGACUGUGGGGAACUAGGUGUUCUUGCUCCUUAUUGGAUCACCUGGGCAGUUUUCAAGUCUGAUGCAAGGAGAAUGCCGCGAUAUGCACAGCUCGUUAUGGGGCCCGCCGGCAGCGGAAAGAGCACUUAUUGUUCCACCAUGGUGCAGCACUGUGGGAGUUUGAACCGAUCUGUCCAAGUGGUUAAUCUGGAUCCUGCAGCUGAGCAUUUUGAUUAUCCUGUAUUGGCUGAUAUCCGGGAACUGAUUGAAGUGGAUGAUGUGAUGGAGGAUCGUUCAUUGCGAUUUGGCCCAAAUGGGGGCCUUGUAUAUUGUAUGGAGUAUUUUGCCAACAAUUUUGACUGGCUGGAGAGUUGCCUUGGACACACAGAAGAUGAUUACAUACUUUUUGACUGUCCAGGUCAAAUUGAGCUGUAUACUCAUCUGCCUGUCAUGAAGUACCUCGUGGAGCAGCUCCAGCAAUGGGAAUUUAGGGUCUGUGGGGUUUUUCUUGUUGACUCUCAGUUCAUGGUGGAAUCAUUCAAGUUUCUUUCUGGGGUUUUGGCUGCUCUCAGUGCUAUGGUUUCCUUAGAGAUACCGCAAUGUAAUAUAAUGACAAAGAUGGAUUUAUUAGGGAAAAAAGCCAAAAAAGAAAUUGAAAAGUUUUUAGAUCCAGACAUGUAUUCCAUGAUUGAAGAUACAUCAAAUCGAUUUAAAAGUAACAAGUUCAAGAAACUGACAGAGGCACUUUGUGGACUUAUUGAUGAUUACAGCAUGGUCAGAUUCCUACCUUUUGAUCGGUCAGAUGAAGAAUGCAUGAACAUUGUUCUCCAGCACAUAGACUUUGCCAUUCAGUAUGGAGAGGAUCUAGAGUUUAAGGAACCGAAGGAAAAUGAAGAGGACAAAUCAGAGAACUUUGAUGAAUUCUUUCAGGACAGAGCUGAUGAACCCUGAGGAUAGAGCUUCUGUAUAUAAUACCCUUAAGAUUUGUUUUCGGUUUGAUAUGAAGUGUCAGUGUAUUGGGCACAAUGACCCCUUAGAUCUGCAGACUGGGUAUUUCUGCAAUGCCGAGAAACUGAGCACAUUUUCAGCUUCUAUUAUGUAAUUGCCACAUUGGCAGAAACAGGAGUAACUAGAGCAACUCAUGUAAGGAAAUGAAAUGGGGGAAGCCCUGUUUGCAUCAUGUUCCAUUUCCUAGCUAGUGAGUGCAUGUUCAAUAUGUUGUAUUAGAAAAGAGUGUAAUAAGAACACUGUUUAGAUUUCCAGGUGAACAAUUGUAUGUUCCUUAUGGUAAUCGCUAUUCUGCAAACAGCAAAUAUGAUGUUCAUGUUUCCUUUUGCAUAGCUUUGGAUAGCAAAAAUAUGUUUGAAAUAUAUAUUUUUAAUUCAUUUGAUCUUUCUUGUUAUAUACUGACACACACAGCCUAGUAAUACAAAAAUAUUUGGCAUCCUUUGUCAAAAGUUACAAAAAAUUAGUUUUACUAAUAAAAAUUUACGUCCCACCCCAGCAGGGAACAAACGUAAA